AUGCGUCUCGCCCGCCGCCUCCUUAUGGCCACGCCGGCCUCAAUCGGCUCCAAAUCGAGUCUCUCCGAGGCUCUCGCUCUUCUCCCACCGUUGCAGCUGUACCGCCGCAUCCUCCGCGUCCACCGCAAGCUUGACCCGCAAAUGCGUGUGCUCGGCGAUUCAUACGUGAGAAAAGAGUUCCGGGCGCACCGGACCGCAGAGAACCCGUUGCACAUCAUCGGAUUCUUGACAGAGUGGCAGCUCUACGCGCAAAAGUUGGAAGGUGAUAAUUGGGCCGGUGACAAGCUGGACGAGGCCAAGUUGAACAAGAUGAGCGAUCAACAGAUCGGACAGCUCUAUGAGCUAAUGCAGGCUAUCCGGCACGAGGGCGAGGGUGAGGGCGAAGGUGGAGGUGAGAAGCAAUGA